AUGAUCUUAUCCAACCUUCUGCUGGCCUCUGUGGUCUCUGCUGCUGUCAUCGGUCUCCCUCUUCAGGCCCGCGAUCUGAAGGACGCCUCUCCUGCGAUCAAGGCCCAUCUAGAGGCUCGUCAAGACAAGCCUCUACAUGGAUCAAUGUCGCUUGAGGGUGUUUACUACCAGGCUGAUCUUGAGAUUGGAACCCCUCCCCAGAAAGUCAGUGUUACCUUCGACACUGGCUCUCCUCUACUGUGGGUGCCCGGUGCCAACUCCACCUCUUGUGAAAAGAAUGAGUGUAUCUCCAGCUUCGAUAACUCCAAAUCUUCUACCUGGAGAUACAACAAGCCGGGCGAGGAUUGGGGAGGAUCGGGAAACUGGGGCUUUGAUACUGUUUCUUACGUCGGAGUAAGUCUGGAGGACUUCAACGUCUACGUCAGUAGCGACAACAUCGCUUACAAGGGACAUAACCUCGGUAUCUGGGGCCAGUCUCCCAAUAAAGAUAUCAAGGGUAGUUUCGUCCAGGGUCUGGCUGCGCUAGGAAAGAUUUCCAGACCCAUCUACUCCCUCAACUCCGAGUACUACGUCAAUUACGACACCAAGGAAACCCAGGGCACCGUUACCAACGUUUACUACGGAGGCUUUGACAAGAAAAAGUACCAGGGACCUCUGACCACCAUCAACACCAGUGGUUACGGUGCCUACGGUAUCCCCAUUUCGGGUCUGCUCGUCAACGGCGAGAAGAUCAAGGGAGAGCGAAACCAUGCGGUUGUUCUGGACACUGGAGGAGUCAACUUUGACAUCACCAACAACACCCUUGGAGCUGUGGCUCGAGCCAACGGCGGAGGAUGGGGAAGCAAGGGUUGGGAGCUCAAGUGCGGAACCAAACCCACUCUCACCUACGAGUUUGGAUACACCACCAUUGAUCUGGAUCUUACCGUGUACGUUACAAAGGACUCUGAUGGAAUCUGUCGGUUCCAUAAUCUGCGAGUGGUUUCUGACAACAAGGGGACUCUGCUAACCGGCCCUGCUCUCAUUUCUCGAGCUCUUGUCAUCUAUGAUAACGACCGAAGCCAGAUCACCGUCGGACGAGCUCGAUACACCAAGGAGUCUGAGGUAGUUGAAAUCACCGGCGACAUCCCCGGAGCCGUGCUUUACACGGACUUUCUUGCUGGUAAGCCGCUGAACUGA